AUGUCUAAAGUUGCAGCCUUCUCCGUCGACAAGGAUGUGCAGGAGUACGACGAGUACACGUUCACGCUUCCCGAGCUGUACCGUGAGCUGGCCAAGGAGGAGCUGCGUGAAGACGAUGCAGUUCGUGAGCGAUCUCUGACUGAGAUGCGCCAAUGGAUCGCGAACAAUUCGUAUAUCCGUAAGUGUCGUAUGGAUGCCAAGUUUCUGCUCCGAUUCCUGCGCGCCAAGAAGUUCUCGGUUCCGAUGGCGUGUGAAGCGCUCGAACGCUACCUGAUGAUGCGCGAGAUGUACCCAGGUUGGUUCAAAGGCCUGGACAGCAGCGUCGCGGUAAUGAAGGAACUGUACAUGGACGGUGGUGUUUCGAUACUGGGACAGGACAGUCUCGGCCGCACGGUGGUUUUCUUCCGGAUAGGACUCUUCGAAGCGGAAAAGCUCGUUCCACCACAAGGUGGCAAAUUCAUCGCACUACUGAUUGAGUCGAUGCUCGAGUGGGAAGAGGUUCAGAUCGGUGGACUGCAAGUGAUGGUUGACUACACCGAUAUGGAUAUGAAGAUAUUCGAAAAAUGGAGUUCCUCGGAGCUGCAAAUCAUCAUGAACGCGUAUACUCUUUCCUAUCCGGUGCGCUACAAUGAUACGCAUGCAGCCAAGCUCCCCAAGAAGGCGGUACCGAUUAUCGAACAGAUUCUUUCCUUUGCGGAUCCCAAGAUUCGCGAGCGAAUUAAUUGCUAUGCUACUGUGGCGGAAAUGCAGAAGCACUUCGAUCCCAUGUUAACCCCAAAGGGAUACGGAGGGGAGAUCGACUUGGAUGCGCUGAACCGGAAGAUGUGGGCCCGCAUCGAACAGCAGCACGAUGUUUUGAUGGGCAUGGAUGAUAUGGAGAUCGAUAUGGAUCACUACACACCGAUCUGGGAUGAACUGCUCGCCAAUGUACCGACACAAGUACCUUUACAUUAAACAGACGUAUGUAGUUCUUUGGGUGUUGGGUUAUAUGAAAUGAAUAAAAGAAUAAAAG